GCAAAAACAAGAAGCAAAAAACAAAUACAAAAAGCAACCAAAAAACAAAUAUCAAAUAAAAAACAACAACUUUUUGUUUCUCGUUGUUUUUCCAAGACGACAACGUUAACGUGUUUUUGUUGUUGCGCUCACUUGUUUCCAGUGCCAGCGCUGCCAGAUCGCGAGUUAUGAAAGCGCAAGCGUCGCCAGCGUCGCCAGCAAGUAGCAACAGCUACAACAACAACGCCACCAGCAACUGUUGAAGCACAUUGAAAACUAACUGUAUAUAUUUAUAAAGAAGUAUAUAUAAAUACGUUAUAUUGUAAAUACUAUUUUUGAUAUACAAAACGUUUUACAAACUACAAGGCAAAUAUUGCCCGAGCAACUAAAAUGGAUAACAGCGAACAAAGUUCGAUAAACAACAAUAAUAACAACAACAAUAGCAGCAGCAGCAGCAUUGCCGCCGCCGCAGCAGCAGCAGCAGCCAUGGCAGCAGCCGCCGCAUUGAGCUUUAACCAACAGGAGCAACACAAGCGACCUGCCAAGGACUCGACAGCAACUGUUGCUGAGCGCCACAGCAAUGGCAGUGCCAGCAACAGCAACAGCAACAGCAACAGCAAUGGCAAUGGCAACAGCAUUGGCAACAGCAACAGCAACAGCAGCAGCAGCAGCGCCUGCAGCCCCAAAAUGGGCUCACGUCGCAUCUUCACGCCGCAGUUCAAGCUGCAGGUGCUCGAGUCGUACCGCCAUGACAACGACUGCAAGGGCAACCAGCGCGCGACGGCGCGCAAGUACAACAUUCAUCGGCGGCAGAUACAGAAGUGGCUGCAAUGCGAGCCCAAUUUGCGCUCGUCGGUGGCCAACAACCAGCACCAGCAUCAGCAGCAGCAGCAGCAACAGCAGCAGCAGCAGCAUUUGCACCAGCAGCAACAGCAGCAGCAACAAUUGCAGCAGCAGCAUCAUCAUCAGCAGCAAUUGCAGCAGCAGCAGCAUCUGCACCAGCAGCAACAGCUGCAGCCGCCGCCACCGCCGCAACAGUUGGUGCCGCCAGCAGCGCCAAUGAAGCCGCACCAGUUCCAUCAGCUGCCCCAUGCCCUGGUCGCCGCCCAGCAUCAUCAUCGCCAUUACCAGGCGGCAGCGGCCGCCUCUCUGGCAGCAGCAUUUGCUGCCGCGCGCUCUCAUCCGAUGCUUGCGAAUGGAUUUGCCACGCCCCAUGCCCAUCCGCAUCCGCAUCAGUUGGCAGCCGCAGCGGCAGCCCCGCCGCUGGCACCGCCACCACCGCCGCCGCCUCUGCUGCCCCACAGCAAUGGUACGGCAGCAACUGUUGCCGGCGGCACUGGCAGCAGCAGCUACACGCUGUCGGCAGCCAAAAUUGCCGCCGUGGUGGCAGCCUUUGCCAACAACAGCAGCAGCAGCAGCAGCAACACCACCAACAAUUGCCACAACAACAACAACAGCAGCAGCAACAGCAACAGCAGCAACAGUUGCAGCAGCGCCACAACGUUGCCAUAUUGCCCAAGUCUACAGCAGCAACAAGUGCCAAAUGCCGUGCCAAUACCCACCAGCAACAACAGCAACAGCAGUAACAACGACAGCAGCAACAGCAGCAGCCAGCACAUUCCUCAGCCCGCACCGCAGCAACAUGCAACGGCGCAACAACAGCCGCUGCCCUACGCCUACUAUUUGACACUGCCCGCGCCCAUGGAUCUGUCGCUGAGCAGCGCGGCGCGACGCCAGCGCGAGCAGCAGCAACAGUUGCAGCUAGACCAACAGCAGCAGCAGCAGCAGCAGCAAUCAUUGCCGCUGGGUUGUCGCAAGCGCGCGGCCCAAACGCUGUGGCAUGGCGACAGCAGCGGCAGCAGCAGCAGCCCGGCGGACAAGCUGAGCAAACUGGAGGCCAUCAAGAGCGAGCCCAGCGACAACGAGGCGGAGGACGACGUGGACAUCGAUGUUGAAGCGGAAGCGGAGGCGGAGGCCGAGACUGAGGCGGCAACAGCAGCGGCAGCAGCAACUGUUGCCGAGCACAAGCUGCCCGCCAAGCAGGUGAAGCUCUUCAAGCCCUAUCUGCUAGACGAGAGUGCAGCCCAGGAGGAGGAGGAGCGGGAGCGGGAGCGGGAGCAGGAGCAGGAGCAGGAGCAGGAGCCGGAGCAGCUGGAGCUGCGCGUCGAGGACGAGUGCGAUGCGGAUGCCGAUGACGAGGAGCACGCCACGCUCAAUGGCAGCAGCGGCGCCAGCAGCAAGAAAAAGAAGCGGGUGACGCCCAAGCAGCGGGAGCCGAUCAUCUGGAGCAAUCAUCCCUUUGCCGGCGGCAGCAGCAACAGUUGCUUUCAGUCGCCGCCGCCGCCAUCGCUGCUGAUGCCCUAUGCAGCCGGCGCGGCAGCGCUGCCGCCGUUUCACGCCGGGAGUCCUCAGCAGCAGCAGCAGCAGCAGCACUUUCAAGGCAGCAACAGCUGCAGCAGCAGCAGCAGCAGCAACAGCAGCAAUUGUGGGGGCAGCAAGCCCGCCACGCCCACAAUCAACGUGCUCAGCCCAUUCUCGGCGCCGGCGCUCUCGCCCAUCGGCUUCUGCUGCCCCAAGGGCUCGCCCGUGUCCGGCUACGAGAGCAGCUCCUCCACCUACAGCGACAGCCCCAGCGCCAGCUCCUCCUCCACGCACGGCUACAGCCUCAGUCUGCAGCUGCAUGCCCCCGUCUACAACGACAACCUGAUGCAGCAGCAGCAGCUGCAGCGCUGGCUCGACCAGGAGGCGCUGGCACGUCUUAACUCCGCUGCGGCUGGCGGUCCGCCGACGGCCACGCCCAACAGCAGCAGCCGGGCGGCGCCCAUCACGCUGCUGGCCUAAGCGGCAGCCGCAGCAGCCAUCGAACCACCCACCUUAGCAAGCGUUUGGGGGCGUGGCCUAGGGCCUCUUCCUGGGCCUUGUAAGUUACAGCUUAAGGAAAAGUCUAAAAAGAAGAAGAAGAAGAAAACAAAAGAAAAAAAACUAUUUUUUUUGUUUGUUUUUUAAUUGUUAAAU